AUGCCGCCAUCCCCACUGCUCCAACGUGCUCUCGCCAUCACUGCCCGCGACGCCGGCCUCGACCGCGCCAUGGAGCGUCUCGGCGGCGGCGGACCGGUCGCGCGGUCGGUGGUCCGCGGCUUCUUCGUCGGCGUCGGGCUGGGCCUCAUGCUCGCUCUGCUGUGCUGCUGCUGGCACCCCUGCUUCGGCGAGGACCUCCUCGAGAGGCCCGCCUCGCCAGCCGGGGGGUAUGUUGGGGAGGACGAGAACGGUAUCGUCCGGAGGAUUAUUCCGGAGGAGGAGCGCCGGCGGGGGCGAGGGUGGUGGAACCGACCGGCACGUCCACAGCGGUCAUGA